AUGUCCAAUUGCAAAUUAAAUGUCCUGUCCAUCUAUGUCCACCUGUCUGACUUGCUUGUCUGUGUCCAGCCGGUCUUACCUCACACGGCGGUGUGUUUUGCGUGCGGCGAGGCGGGGAAGGAGGACACAGUGGACUCAGAGGAGGAGAAGUUCAGCCUGUCUCUGAUGGAGUGCACCAUCUGUAACGAGAUCAUCCACCCCAGCUGUCUCAAGAUGGGCAAAGCCGAAGGAAUCAUCAACGAUGAGAUCCCAAACUGCUGGGAGUGUCCAAAGUGCCACAAGGAGGGCAAAACCAGUAAGGACCAGGCGGACGGCUCUGGGAAACGCCGGCUGGAUAACGGGGAGGUGGGCCGCUGGAAGCUCACAGAUGACCCGCCCCCAAAGAAGAAAGCCCCGCCCUCCCUGGAGGAGGGGGGGCGGACGGACGGGGGACACAAGAGGAAGAAGGAGAAGGAGCUGCCUCCGGACAGCGGGCCCAAGAAGAAGAUGAAAGGCGGCCACGAAAAACGCCUCAAAAAGAAACCCAAACAGGAGGCCCUGGAGUCCAACGGUCCCACCUCCUCAGCUGCAGGAGGAGCAGGAGGACUGCAGGGCUCCUCCACUUCCUCCUCCUCUUCCUCGCAGCCCGGGGGAGGAGGAGGAGGCGGAGGAGGAGCAGGGGGGACGUCGAGUGCAGACCAGCGCUCCCACCACCGAGAGAAACUGGAGCGCUUCAAGAGGAUGUGUCUGCUGGAACGCCGGCCCGAGUCCUCCUCCUCCUCCUCCUCCAGCUCCGAGUCCGACUCCGAGUCUGACUCCGACGACUCCCUGAGGGGGGAGCAGGCCGGAGGAGGCUCCUCGCCUUCGUCCUCCUCCCCUGCCCCGCCUCCUCCCGUGGUCUACGGCAACAGCAGCGGUGGGCGUGCGGAGCGAGAGAGGAGUCGCAGCGAGCGGGAGAGAGAGCGGGAGAGGGAGCGCCGCCUGGCGGAGCUGGGCUUCAGCGCCAGUGAGGAGUCGGAGGGGGAGGCGGGGAGGGGGGAAGAGGAGGUGCGGGAGGAGGAGCAGGGAGGGGGGGAGAAGGCUCGGCGGAGAGGAGGAGGAGAGGCGGGGCUACCUCCGCGGGGACGGAAAGGAGGACUGCUGGACGGGGAGGAUGAGGACACGCCCACCUCCGACAGGACCAGGAAAAACUCCGCCUCCCUUCCCCCGCCCUCUCCCCUCUCCUCCAAUCAGAUGCCUCCGUCCUCACAGCACGACAGCUUCACGGGGAAGCAGCGCAGCAACGGGCAGGAGGCGCGCAACGGGCGGACACGAGGAGGGACGGGUGGGGGAGGAGGAGGG